AUGUCAUCCAACAACACCUCGGCCAGUGUCUCCAUCGAUAAGUUCGAUGGGGACAACUACUCAACCUGGUGUCGCUACAUGCGCGGCGUGUUUCUGACGAAGUCAGUCUGGUACGUCGUGAACCGCGAAACGUCUCCAACCUUCACCGACACGCGAGCUUCCGACGAGUACGUCAAGGCGAGCAACAUCGCGUUCGGGUUGAUGUUGCUCCACAUGGACGCCGACUACCACCAUGUGGUCGACAACUGUGAAGAAGCAUGGACAGCGUGGUCGCGGUUGAAGAUGCUCUAUGGUGGGUCGCAGAAGGCGGGACGCAUCUACCUCAAGCGCCAGCUGUUCAGCAUCAAGAUGGCGGAAGGUGCCAACGUCUUGCACCAUUGCAACGAAGUCUUGAACAUCGGCGCCAAGCUCAGCAGCAUCGGCGCCAAGAUGUAG